CACUGAAGCCUGGAGACACCUCUUCUACCAACCAAUCCCCUGGGCUCUGGGGAUGGAAUCGCACGCAGUUUGCUCAUGGGAAGAGCAACUCUGCGAACUAAUAUCUCUGUCAGAACUUUCAUAGCUGGUGGACCAUGGAGCUUCUUGUAAAUGUAAGAAAAUGGAUAGAAGAAAACAAAACUGCGUUUUUGCCACCUGUGUGUAAUAAGCUUAUUGUUCCCUAUGCCUGCCAGCAGUUCUGUGUAAUCCUGAGGCAUCGCCAUCAAUUAAAUGUGAUGUUUGUUGGAGGGCCAAAUGAAAGGAAGGAUUAUCAUAUUGAAGAAGGCGAGGAGCUUUUUUACCAGGUUAAAGGAGAUAUGUGUUUGAAGAUAAUUGAAAACGGGAAACAAAAAGACAUUGUCAUCCGAGAAGGGGAGAUGUUCCUCCUACCUGCUAGGAUACCUCAUUCUCCUCAGAGAUACACAGACACUGUGGGUCUUGUGAUUGAGAGGGAAAGAUUAAAGACAGAAAUUGAUGGGCUCAGGUACUAUGUUGGAGAAUCAACUAAUGUCCUCUUUGAAAAAUGGUUUCACUGUGAAGAUCUUGGCACUCAACUUCUACCAAUAAUUCAAGAGUUUUUCAAUUCAAGACAAUAUCAAACUGGAAAACCAAAUCCAGAUGAACUCCUGAAAGAAACACCUUUCCCACUAAAUUCCACUUCUGUUAUGGAGCCGUUUUCCUUCUCAGGCUGGUUAAAUGAUCAUCGCAGAGAAAUAAAACAGAAAAAAUCCUUGAGUAUGUUUGGAGAUAACUUUGAAACAGAGGUUAUAGCUUACGGACCAGGAACAACUGAGAAAAGUAAAAAGAAUUCAGAUAUCUGGAUAUGGCAGCUGGAGGGCACAUCGACUGUUACCAUGGAUGGCAAAACCCUGACUCUGUCUGCUGGUGACAGCCUGCUUGUCCGUGCCCAGUCUGUGUACUGCUGGAAGAGAACAGAAGAAUGUGUUGCACUCUGCAUUGCUCAGGAUCCAAAUCGCAAGCAGCCUUAUACCUAGCUCCUGUCCCAGCUGACUUCAAUGAUAACUAUGUUUUAACCUAGUUGCCUUAUCUUAAUGAUCUUUUUAGUCAAAAUGCCUAGAAAUUUGAGUAGUCAAAUACGAUUACACUGAAUUAAGUGGAAUCAAGUGCUGUGCCAAGUUAAAACUUCCCCCCCCCCCAAGUGGAGUUUCAGCAAAAUCUACAAUCAAUAGGGUUUUUUUAAAACAAUAUUUCAUAUCUGAAAGAAGAUGAAAACAUCUAAGUAGCAGGAUUACUUAUGUGAUAAUAUAUAUGAUAUUAUCUAGAAUAAGUUAAAGACUUUUCAAAUGAAGUCUCUGCCACAAAAUGUAGAAAAAGAUAGGAUGGAUACUGGCAUGCCUGCUUAGGAAACAGUCUUAAUUUCUUUGUCUCAGUUUUGUCAUUUGUAAUAAAUUGGGUAUAACGCUAGUUACCUAGCCCACAGUAUGACAGCUUUAAUUGGCAGUGGCUCACAGAUGUCCUGAGAUCUCUGGCUAAAAAGCCCUUUAAAAAACAAAACAAACUAUCUGCUGCUGUGCUCAAGGAUCUCAGGGAAAGAGCCUGCAACAUCAAGCAUUACUUAGAUCACCACCUGCACUUACUUCAGGUAAUUUACUAGCAGUUUACCAAAUCCAGCAAUGGAGUAGCAAUCACAGUUAUCAGUACCAUGCCACACUGGAUGCUGUCUAUACACUACACUAUCAAUAACACAGCACUGCAAUAUGACUAACACAAGAGCAUCUGGGUCCUGAGUGUUCCUGUGCAGCAGAAAUCUCAAGUCAAAGUAGCCCAAGAAGUGUGUUGGGAGAAAAGGGAACAGAAAAAUUACUAUAAUCAGUUCCUACUGAGCGCUGCUUCUUUUUGAACAGAGGUUUCCUGCAGAAAUAACAAGUGUCAAAUUAUCUUUUCCUGCUUUUAUUCCAUGAACUCUCCAGAGGGGGAUUUGUUUUGUUUGUUUUUCGGUUGUUUUGUUUGGUUGUUUGUUUUUUUUUUUAAAUUGUCCUUCACAUUAUCAUCAUCAGAAAACAGGUUGCUUAAAUGUCUGCAGCUAAUAUCAAUUACAUGUUUGAGAAAGCAAAAAGUUACCAUUUCUUGAUUUUUAAAAUAAUUCUAAUUAAGUUCAGAAAAAAUAUUUCUUUAAUAUAUCUAUCACCUACAAAGCUCAUUAAACUGAGUUGUCAUGUGUGUUUUA